UUGGUUCAGUAAAAUAUUUUGAGUCAACUGAAAAAGAAGACUUUAUUCCAUUACGCAAGGAGAAGUGGAAGACCAAAUCUCUCACUUUAUCCAAAUGUUCACUCUCUCACCUCCACUCAUCUCGUAAAAGGACUCCAUCAUAGGCAAAUUUUCUGUUUCUCCAUGAUCUUGGAUUUGAUAGCUUUCAUACACUAAAGCAAUACACAGAAAGCCUAGAUAACCAGAAGUUCAAUAAAUCUUAUGGUCACUUCCAAGGUAUUUUCAUUGAUUCCCACUUCGGGACUUCCAAACUGAAGGGCCGACCCCGUUUGAGAAAGGCAGGCGACCGAGUCAAUAUCUUUAUUGUUCCCUUUGUCGUUGUUCGAUUGUUUUGCAACUUACAAGUAUAUAUAAAAGAUUGGGGAAGGGAAGGUAUCAAAACUCACAAGCUUAUAACCAGACAAAAAAAAAGAGAAAGAUGCAGGGCCAUGUCUCACAGGACACUCCAGUUGGUGUUCCGGCAGCUUUAAUAUGGGAUGUAUACCGUGGUCUGGAACUGGGGAGGCUUGUGGAUAAACUAGCACCGGAGGUUCUUGGAAGGGUAGAAUUCGUAGAAGGUGAUGGAGGCGUUGGAACCAUUGCCAAACUCACACUUCCACCAGGAAGCCCUGGAAGGGGUUACAUGAAAGAAAGAUUCACAAAGAUUGAUGAUGAAAAUCGAGUUAAAGAAACAGAAGUGCUUGAAGGAGGAUACAAAGAUCUUGGAUUCGAUGGGGUUCGUAUUCGGUUAGAGAUAGUGGAGAAAGAUUCAGAAUCAUGUAUGGUGAGGUCAACUAUAGAGUAUGAAGGAGACGAGAAGCUUGCUGAUGUUGUUUCCCAUGUCAACGUUAAGCCACUGGAAAUGAUGGCUGAAAUUAUUGGGAAACAUCUCUGCCAAAACAAAUCCACUCUCUAGGACUUUCUUUUUCCAUGUUCCAAUCCAAUUACUUCGUUUCAUUGCUCAUUUCUCAUGCAUAUCCAAGAUAUGAGGGAUAUAUGUCCGUUUUACAGCGAAUGUUUGAGGUUCAUAGUUGUACUUUUAACAAUAUUAUCUUCAAAAUUCGAGUAUAUAUUAACAUAAUACAA